ACCAUUCAAUUGUGAAUGAAACGUCAGCAUGGGUGAUAUGUUCCGCAGUGAAUCGAUGGCCUUGUGCCAGAUGUUUAUACAACCGGAAGCGGCGUAUUCAUCGUUGGCCGAACUGGGCGAAAGCGGUUGUGUGCAAUUUCGUGAUCUGAAUGCUCAAGUCAGUGCUUUCCAGCGCAAAUUCGUUUCAGAGGUCAGACGCUGCGACGAACUGGAGCGUAAAAUACGAUACAUCGAAAAUGAGCUACGCAAAGAUGACAUCAAUAUGCCUGAGGUGCUAGACGAACCACCACCACCAUAUCCGCGGGAAAUCAUCGACCUGGAAGCGCAAGUGGAAGUGGUCGAAAUGGAAAUACGUGAGCUGGCCGGCAACACUGUCAAUCUGAAAGCCAAUUACCACGGCAUGCUCGAACUGAGACUUAUGCUUGAGAAAGCGAAUGAUUUCUUCGCCGACACGGAAGUCAUCAAGAUGACUUCACAUCGUUUCUCAGACGCUGUCGAGUAUGCGCCACCCUUGCCCGGUCAACAACAACGCGGCCAACUGGGCUUUGUGGCUGGCGUCAUUAACUUGGAACGUUUCUUCUCAUUGGAACGUAUGUUGUGGCGUAUUUCACGCGGCAACGUAUUCAUCAAGCGUAGUGAUGUCGAUGACACGUUACUCGAUUUGAAUACGGGCAAUCAGGUCCCGAAAGCCAUCUUUGUCGCCUUCUUUCAGGGCGAUGAACUAAAGCAACGCAUCAAGAAAGUGUGCGCCGGUUAUCACGUCUCACUAUAUCCCUGUCCUAGCUCAGCUACUGAACGUCAAGAAAUGCUAAGCGAUGUACGCAUACGUAUUGAAGAUUUGCAGCUGGUACUUAAUCAGAGCGAAGAUCAUCGCAAUCGCAUAUUGGUCGCGGCGGCGAAAAAUUUACCUUAUUGGGCGGUGAUGGUUACCAAAAUGAAAGCGAUCUAUCAUACGCUUAACUUCUUUAAUAUGGACGUGAGCAGCAAUUGGCUGAUCGGUGAGGGCUGGGUGCCGACGCGUGAUCUGCCUGUAGUGCGCGAUGCGCUCGCUAGAGCUUCGACCAAAGUCAACAGCACAGUUAGUUCCUUCCUGAAUGUGAUCGAGACAAACGAACAGCCGCCGACCUUUUAUAGAACAAAUAAGUUUACACGCCCCUACCAGAAUUUAAUCGAUGCUUAUGGUCUCUGCACUUAUCACGAAGUUAAUCCGGCGCUCUACGGUUGCAUCACUUUUCCUUUCUUGUUUGCGGUGAUGUUCGGCGAUUUGGGACAUGGUUUCAUUCUAUUACUUAUUGGUCUCUACAUGGUGUGGAAGGAGGAGAAACUGAGCCAAAUCAAGGGUGAAAUAUUCAAUAUAUUCUUUGUGGGCCGCUAUAUUAUACUACUUAUGGGCCUAUUUGCCAUGUACACUGGUUUCGUGUACAAUGAUAUCUUCUCCAAAUCGUUUAAUAUUUUUGGAUCAGCAUGGCAUGCAGAUAGCAUACCUGUACCUAAUGGAACUUUCAAUGGCGGUGAAUUGAUAAUGUUGGACCCUUUGAAUAGCUUGAAUGACGUUUAUGCCUAUGGCAUGGAUCCGCUCUGGUCAGUGGCUGAAAAUAAGAUCAUCUUCUUGAAUGCCUACAAAAUGAAGCUCUCCAUCAUAUUCGGUCUCUUACACAUGGCGUUCGGCCUUAUAUUGUCGCUCGUUAAUUUUGUACAUUUCAAGCAGUAUGCGCGCAUUUUCUUAGAUUUUUUGCCACAGCUGCUCUUUUUGAUGUUCCUCUUCGGCUAUUUAGUGUUCUUAAUGUUCUUCAAAUGGGUGAAGUAUUCCGGCAGGGCAACAGAGCAGGUUCUUACGCCUGGCUGUGCACCAUCUAUACUCAUUUUAUUCAUCAAUAUGCUGUUAUUUGGCAACACUGAACCCAAGGAGGGUUGCAAGGAAUAUAUGUUCGAAUACCAAAAAAUCGUGCAAAUAAUACUUGUGGCGUUGGCAGUUUUGUGCAUCCCAUGGAUGCUGUUGGGUAAUCCGCUGCUGGAGGCACGCAAGCGUAAACAGAGAGUGCUGACAGUGGCCACAAAUGGGAUCACAAAUGAAGCAUUUGAAGAUCACAACAACGCAGUUGCGAGUGCGCCAGCUAAACCAGCUGCAUCAACACACGGCCACCAUGAGAGUGAUGAGGACGAACCUAUGAGUGAAAUCUACAUCAAACAGGCCAUACACACUAUCGAAUAUGUAUUGAGUACUAUAUCUCAUACGGCGUCGUAUCUUCGCUUGUGGGCUCUGUCGUUGGCGCAUGCGCAAUUAUCAGAUGUUCUGUGGAAAAUGUUGGUUCAUGUGCCUAUCAGCUUUCCAAUGCCAUUCGGUGGAAUUAUGGUGGGAAUUCUCUUCACACCAUGGCAAUUUUUUACGAUCACCAUACUCGUUAUUAUCGAAGGAUUAUCGGCAUUUUUGCAUACUCUGCGUUUACACUGGGUCGAAUUCAUGAGCAAAUUUUACGAUGGCGUUGGUUACGCGUUCCAACCUUUUUCCUUUAAAGCAAUACUGAACGGCUCUUACGAAGAUUAA